AGUAUCAUUGACAGUACUGUAAUCUGUCAAAACAUCAUGAGAACAAAAUAAAUUUCCUAACCAGAUCAAAAUAUUGCAACAACAAGAAAAAAAUAUUGUCGUGAAUGUUAUUAAAGUGAAUACACUGUGUCCGAAUCAAGUCAAAUGUGAUCAGCUUAAAAAUCAAAUAAAAUGCUCUUUCGUAUAAAUUCAAUAAAAUUAUUGUUGCUAAAGAGAAACACAAAAUCGGUAUUUAGAUAUUGUAGUACACAACAAAGUGAUGAUUGUACGCAAAAUGUAGCCAAUAAGUCAGUUCGUGUUCGAUUUGCGCCCAGUCCUACUGGCUAUUUGCAUUUGGGCGGCUUACGAACAGCUUUAAUCAACUAUUUAUACGCCAAAGCACAUAAGGGAACAUUUAUUGUUCGCAUCGAGGACACAGAUCAAUCAAGAACCGUACCGGAUGCUCAACAGAAUUUCUUCCGAAACCUCGAAUGGGCUGGCAUUAAACCGGAUGAAUCAGUAAUACAUGGCGGCAACUUUGGUCCCUAUGUACAAAGUCAACGACUCGAAAUAUAUCGACAACAAGUACGAAAACUACUUGAAAAUGGCAGUGCAUAUUAUUGCUUUUGCACAGAAAAACGACUAGAAAUGUUGCGCAAAGAGGCGCAAGAGGCCAAAAAAAUUCCCAAAUAUGACAAUCGAUGUAGACAUUUAACACCGCUUCAAGUAGCAGAAAAAUUGGCUAACAACGAUACAUUUACAAUUCGAUUUAAACUGGAAUCUGAGAAUGUACCUAAGUUCAAUGACUUGGUAUUUGGUGAAAUGAGUAUUGAUGUGACUGAGGAAAGUGAUCCGAUUCUAAUAAAGUCCGAUGGAUAUCCAACCUACCAUUUCGCCAAUGUGGUCGAUGACCAUUUGAUGCAAGUAACACAUGUAUUUCGGGGCUCAGAAUGGAUGGUCUCAACUCCGAAACAUCUUUUAUUAUAUAGUGCAUUUGAUUGGCAUCCUCCUGAAUAUGGUCAUCUACCAUUGAUUUUGAAUCAAGAUGGGACAAAGCUAAGUAAACGACACGAUCAUGCUAGCGUUGAUUAUUACAGAGAACGGAAAAUAUUCCCAUUGGCUCUGAUUAACUACAUCACACUAAGUGGCGGUGGUUUUGCACGUGAAGUGGGUACAAAAAUUAGAAAUCUCACAAUUGAGGAAUUGACUGAAAUCUUUAAUAUAGAACACAUAAACAAAGCAUCAAGCCGAUUAAACACAGGAUACUUAGAAGAUUACAAUCGUUUGGAGUUGAUACGACACAUAAAAGAUCCAACACUAUGCAAUGAUGUUGUAAAACAAGUUCAAGAACUCAUCAAACGAGCGUAUCCAAAAGAUAUCGAAAGUCUGGAUUUAGACGAACAACAUAUUCGUAAUGUUUUGAAUUGGUCGGUGAAUACAGAACGUUUGCUGUCAUUACAGCAAUUGGUCGAAGGUGACUUAUCAUUUCUUUGGAUAUUGCCAAAGAUUCAAUCAGAUAAUAUCCAAUCCGAAUGGGUCGGAAAUUUGGUGACAGCACUCGAAAAGGGUGAUUUUGAUAAAACACGUCUCUUAGAAUUAUUACGUGAAUUUUCAAAGGAAAAUAAUUUGAAGUACCCAAAAUUUAUGGCGUCGUUGAGAACAAUGUUGAGUGGCGUACAUUAUGGAGCCGGUGUUGCGGAUAUGAUGCAAAUUUUAGGAAAAACCUCAACAAUAAAACGUAUCACAAGAAAAAAAGAUCAUAAAAAACCAACUAAAUAACAUUUUUAGUAGAAUUUAAUUUUGUAAAAAAAUGUUUUUUUUUUAAAUAAACAACAUGUC